GACGUCCUGGUGUGUCGUCAGAUCUGUGUUGAUGUUUUGUGGAGACUGGAGAGCUUGGAGGACGGGAAGAGGGAGACGGUUUGUUUUUGUUCACCUAAAGCUCGAAAACCAAGCCAAUAACAUAUCAUACUGAUAUUUUUUGUUAGCUAAGAGUUUUAGGUCGAAUAUCGAAUAAAACGGACGGCCUAAAGCUAGAAGUAAUUGACCACAAUCUGGAAAGGAAGAAUCGUCACCCCUUUGACCCCCUCCCUUACAGACAACCAUGACGAUUCUUCCGAAGAAGAAACCGAACUCUAGCGUCGGUGUUUCGGACCACCCUGACGAGACUGACAGAAGGAGCAGUUCAGACCCACAUCAGCAUCCGCAUGGAGGUCGCACAGGUGCGAGACCAAGGGCCUCGCCGCCGCCAUGGUCUUACCAAGCCGCUCCGCCUUCGACAAGGGAGGACAGACGGAACGAGGCCAGCUCUCGGCCGCAGCAGGCCUCCCCUCCACCCGGGGGUUCAGGCUCUCCUGUCGGACCUGGAGACGGGAGCGUGGCCGGAGGCAUAGCCUGCGUGGCUGGAACACGAGGAGAACUGUCAGGAAGCGUCGGCUGCGGUGGAGGAAUCGGUAGUUGCUGUUCGGGGCCCGGUCUGAGUAAACGGCGACGACAAGCCACUUGCAGUGGUGGGGUGGCCGGGGGUGGCACACCCGGUGUUGCUGGAGGUGGUGGAGGGGGUCCCAGUGCCGACUCGGAAGAAGGUGCGGGUUACAAUAGUGAAGAUGAGUACGAGAAUGCCGCUAGACUGCAGUCCGAAGACCCAGCCACAGUCGAGCAGCAGGAGCACUGGUUUGAGAAGGCGCUGGGGGAAAAAAAGGGGUUUGUCAUCAAGAAGAUGAAGGAGGAUGGAGCCUGUCUCUUCAGAGCUGUCGCUGACCAAGUGUAUGGAGACCAAGAUAUGCAUGAAGUUGUUCGUAAACACUGCAUGGACUACUUGAUGAAGAAUGCAGACUACUUCUCCAACUAUGUGACAGAAGACUUCACCACAUACAUCAACAGGAAGAGGAAAAACAACUGCCAUGGCAACCACAUUGAGAUGCAGGCAAUGGCAGAGAUGUACAAUCGACCUGUGGAGGUCUACCAGUAUGGCACAGAACCAAUCAACACGUUCCAUGGUAUCCAUCAGAACAAUGAUGAGCCAAUCAGAGUCAGCUACCACCGUAACAUACACUAUAACUCUGUAGUGAACCCAAACAAAGCCACCAUCGGAGUGGGCCUGGGCCUCCCUGCCUUCAAACCAGGGCAGUAUGCAGACCAGUCGUUGAUGAAGAACGCCAUCAAGACGUCGGAGGAGUCGUGGAUCGAACAGCAGAUGCUGGAGGACAAGAAGAGAGCGACCGACUGGGAGGCCACCAACGAGGCCAUCGAGGAGCAGGUGGCCAGGGAGUCCUACCUACAGUGGCUACAGGACCAAGAGAAGCAGGCCCGACAGCCUCGUAAGGCCAGUGCCACCUGUAGCUCGGCCACUGCUGCGGCCUCCAGCGGUCUGGAGGAGUGGAGCGCUCGAUCUCCUCGCCAGCGAAGCUCCGCCCCUUCCCCAGAAAACCCUGACCCCUCUCACUCCCACCCUGACGUCAGCGCCAAGCCCCCAUCUCCUGCUGGCGCUGCACUCAUCCUGCCCAAGCCCCCAUCGCCUUGCGCACCAGGUCCUAGUAACCAGGCUGGAGUGGGGCGUCACCAUCUGGAGUACCGUGCAAUCAUGCAGGAGAUGUCACCCACCGCCUUCGGCCUCACAGACUGGGAGGAUGAUGAGAUCCUGGCCUCGGUCCUGGCCGUGUCACAACAAGAGUACCUCGACAGCAUCAAGAAGAACUCCAUGCAUAGAGAGCCCUCCCCGGACAGCAGUUGAUAACGGGGACCCAACACACUCUCAACCCCCCCCCACCC